AUGCAAUUAGAACAACCACACUACGAUUAUUUCCCAAAGAAGAAUGCUAAAUUAAUUUUAGCUCCAUUUUCAGGAGGUCAAGGUAAAUCAGGUGUUGAAGAUGGUCCAAAGUAUUUAUUGAGAGCUGGUUUAAAAGAACAAAUUGAAAAUUUAGGUUGGUCAAUUGAAAUUGAUGAUCCAUUAAAAGAUACAAAUUAUGAAGAACGUAAAAUUAAUGAUAAAAAUGAUACUUUUGAAAUGUGUAAAAGACCAAAAAUUGUUGGUGAAGCUUGUGAAAAAAUUUAUAAAAGUUGUAAAUCUGCAGCUUUAGAUGGUUUUUUACCAAUAACUAUUGGUGGUGAUCAUUCAAUUGGUAUGGGAACUGUUGCAGGUUCAUUUGCUAAAUAUCCAGAUGCUGGUUUAUUAUGGAUUGAUGCACAUGCUGAUAUUAAUACUCCAUUAACUACAGAUUCUGGUAAUUUACAUGGUUGUCCUGUUGCAUUUUUAAUGGGAUUAGAUGAUCAUUCAUAUCCACCAGAAUUAAAAUGGGUACCAAAAUGUCUUUCACCUAAAAAAGUUGCAUAUAUUGGAUUAAGAGAUAUUGAUGAUGGUGAAAAAAAAAUUUUAAAAGAAAAUGGUAUUGCUGCAUUUUCAAUGUAUCAUAUUGAUAGAUAUGGUAUUAAUCAAGUUAUUGAAAUGGCUUUAAAAGCUAUUGAUCCAGAAGGUAAUACACCAAUUCAUUUGUCUUAUGAUGUUGAUUCAAUAGAUCCUUUAUAUGUUCCUGCAACAGGUACACCAGUUAGAGGUGGGUUAACUUUAAGAGAAGGUUUAUUUGUAGCUGAAAGAGUUGCAGAAACUGGUAAAUUAAUUGCAUUAGAUAUUGUUGAAUGUAAUCCAAGUUUGGGAGUUAAUGAAACUCAUGUUGUUGAUACUAUUACAGCUGGCUGUGCAGUUGCAAGAUGUGCAUUAGGUGAAACUAUUCUAUAG